AUGACAAAUGAUAUGACAGAUCAGGGCUGGGCAUGGCUAGCCGUACUCCCAGUCCAGCAAUGUUUCGGCCUUAUCUUCGCAGAACGUUUCGCAAGUCUCGGCAUCACUGCGACGCAAACGAGUCUAAUUCUUCAUCUUAAUGGGACAAUAACAUGCAGUCUCGGUCUUAUAAGCGGUCCAAUGAUGAAGAGAUUCGCUUUUCGCCAGGUCGCAUAUUUCGGCAGCCUGACAGUCGUUCUCGGAAUCUGCGCCGCUGCCUUCGCCGUGUCUCUCCCGACUCUUAUUAUCACUUAUUGCGUUAUCGUUGGAAUUGGCCAAGGAAUUCUUUUUCCAGCGACAACAUUAGCUCUGAACACAUAUUUCCGCAAGAAACGCAAUGUAGCCAUGGGUUUUUCAGUUACAUUAACUGGUCUGGGUCCAAUUUUAAUGCCCCUUUUAAUAGACGUACUUCUCGAAAAUUUUGCCACGACCGGCACUCUCCUGAUCCUUGCUGGAAUCGCCUCACAUUCUCUGAUUGGUGCAUCGUUAUUAAAACCGUUUAGAAAGCAGAUAGAGCAAAGUAUUCUGAUGGACAAAAUUACUAAUGUAUCGAAAGAGGAAAAUUCAUGUGUUGAUAAGACAAAUGUGGAAAAUAAUGCUGUUCAAUGCCAAUUAUUAAAUAAACGGAAUGCUGAAGAGGAAAGACAACCAAACUAUUGUCCGAAGAAUAGCGAAACAGAAGUGAAAAAAAAUAAACAAACUUCGUUCCUUAAAAAAAUUGUUACAAAUAUGGAUCUCGACCUUCUUCGUGAUAAUCGUUAUAUGGCGAUAGUAUUAGGUAUGAGCGUUUCGUUGGUGGCCGAAACGAAUUUCAAUGUAACGAUACCUUUCGUCCUAGCCGAAUUGGCGAAUCUCGACAGAACGUCGAUAGCUACAAUAAUGUCGAUUCAAGCUGCCGCAGAUAUUACGGGGCGCCUUUGUAUACCGUUGUUAGCACAAAAAACCGGCUGGACCUGCAGGAAUCUUUAUGUGCUAUCUCUGCUGGGAUCGACCUUAGGAAGGACUAUUCUAUCGACGUGGGGUGAUACUUACGUCAUUGUAAUCGGAGUAGCCCUGAUCAUCGGAUUGGCGAAGGGAACCAAAGCUGUCUUCCAAGCUCUAAUCAUUCCUGAUUACGUACCAUUGGAGAGGUUGCCGGCUGCAUCCGGUAUUCAGAUGGUUUGUAAUGGCAUCCUGUCUAUCAGCAUGGGACCAAUUAUCGGUUUAGUGCAUGAUUCAACAAAUAGUUAUGUGGGUGCGCUUUAUUUCACAUCUUUUCUCAGCCUGUCUUGUGUCUUCUUGUGGUUGAUAGGUGGACUAUGGACUUUUCAUAGAAAUAAGUUGAAUAAACAAAAUCCAUCAGAGGAACAAUAAAAUUUUCACAAAAAUACGUAAUUGAUUAA